GUGACCCAGAGCCGCCUCGAGCUGAAGUCCUGUUAGUCGCCUCCGACUGGGUACCAACCCCCUAUUACUCUGCAGGCGCGUGAAGGAGAAGGAAACUCGCUCGGACCGCACAGGUCUUUGGGUCUCAGCGCAAGCCUUGGCUAGAGAGGGAGAAAAUCGCUUUGACUGGAACCUUACUGCAGGUUUGAAGGCUCGGUCCAUCUACCACCGUGCACGGAAUAAAGCAGAAGACACGAGAAGAAAAAGGAAUUCACUGUAUAUUUCAGAGAGUCACCACCAGAAUCACAGAACCUAGGAGAGGCUGAAGAUUACUGGACUGCACCAUAGUUCACCAAACCGCUGUGAGCUCUCUUCAAUCCGGUGAAGAAAGGCCCUCUCCUGUCUGGCCAAAAGGCUCACACCCAUUCAAGUAUGGGUCGGGCCCGGGAAAUGGGUUGGAUGGCAGCAGGACUGAUGAUAGGGGCUGGCGCCUGCUACUGCAUGUACAAACUGACCAUGGGAAGAGGCGCAGGAAAUGAACUGGAGGAGGAGGAGGAAGAUGAUUGGGACGAGGAACAGGAUCUGGAUGAAGAGGAGGCAAAUAUUUGGUUUGAUUUCACAACAAUGGCUCGGCCCUGGAGUAAGGAUGGGGACUGGCGUGAACCUGGGGCCCCAGGUGGGACUGAGGACAGACAUUCAGGUGGGGGGAAGGCAAACAGAGCACACCCAAUAAAGCAGCGACCAUUCCCUUAUGAACAUAAAAACACGUGGGGUGCACAAACCUUUAAAUCCUUCAGUUGUGCUCUGGACCUGAGCAAGUGUGCUUCCAUUCAAGGAAAAAGCAUGUUCACCAAGCCCACAAAUUCUGGCUUUCCCCUUAGCCACAAUGUCAGUAGGCACUGGGCCAGCCUCUCAGUGGUUGCAAACAGGAUCCCCACCCCCCAGACCACUGUGAGGGAGAAGGCUUUGUGUGUCCCGGAAAACCUGAACACCGGUAUUGGAAAUCAGGGCCAGAUUGAGAUGUCCAUCGAUGAAGUGUGUCGAGAGACGGUGUUACAUUGCUGCAAGUCAUUUCUGCAGCAGGCCGGAUUAAAUCUGCUAAUAAGCAUGAUGGUUAUUAAUAACAUGCUUGCCAAGUCGGUUUCAGACCUGAAGUUUCCUUUGAUAUCCGAGGGCAGUGGAUGUGCAAAGAUUCAGGGUUUGGAAGCACUGAUGGGUUUGUCUGAAAAGUCAGUGUUGGCUGGGGAAGUGUUGGCUGCCCAAAUGCUGUUCUCUUUCUUGCUCCUCUUUAUGAGAGGUGGGAACAGAGAGAUGCUCGUAGAAGCCCUCUCCCCAUAAGCAGCAGCAGAAGGAGACUGGAUCCACCCAGGGCCACAGCAGUUUACCGAGGCCAGAGAAGCUGCAGUGGGUGCAAGCAAGGAUGCAGCCUUAGCCAGUCAGCUCCUCCUUGGACAAAAGUUCCAAUAGCUAAAAAGAGGGCCACACUCUUCUUGGCCAGGCAGGGGCUCCCCGGAACUGUGGGCAACUUGUGGGUUUUGUAGUCUGCAGGAAAAGUGCAUUGUAAAUUGCUCCCUUGCAGUCUUCCUCCUGCGGUAAAAGGUAAAGGGAUCACCGUUGGCUGCUAACUGUAGAUAACAAACAUCAAAUCACAGCAUCACCAGUGCUGUCGUUGCCCGAGGUGAUCUCCCUGUCUAGGCAGGACCACUUAGCAGAAAUGACACCCACAUGGGAGCUCGUGUCAAACUUGCAUCUGCUGUCACUGCUAAGGUUGAAGUAUUUUCCCCAUUCCUCUUUCCUACACUAGCUGAUGGAUGGCUAGCAUGUUAAUCAAAGAAAUGCACCCCCUCCUGUCCAUUGUACUGACUGACCUUCCUCCACCCAAGCCCCCACCUGUGUGUAUCAUCAAUAAACUCGUGUGCUUUGAUU